UUGUUCUCUUUGACCAAAAAAAAAGUUAUUUGUUUCUUGUCCACACAAAAAAUUAUAUCUCUACCUAAAUCUCCCCAUAUAUACGGUAGCAAGUUAGCCACCAUAUACCUGAGUUCAACUCUCCUUCACCACAAGAUUUCAUAAAAAAAUGAAUUCUUCACGUAAUGUAAUUGACGUGUCACGAGUCACCCCUUCUGCCUCGUCCGAGUCACUCACUCUCCCCCUCACCUAUUUCGAUAUUUUCUGGUACAAAUUCCACCCCGUCGAACGAGUCAUCUUCUACCAACUCACUGACGCAACCCGCCCUUUCUUUGACUCAGUCAUCGUCCCAAACCUCAAAUCCUCUCUCUCCUCCUCUCUCUCUCACUAUCUCCCACUCGCCGGAAACCUCGUCUGGGACUCACUCGAUCAGAAACCGAGCAUCGUUUACUCCCCAAACGACGCCGUUUCACUUACAGUCGCCGAGUCGAAUUCUGACCUCUCCCGCUUAGCCGGAAACAAACCGUUCCCCACCGCCGAGUUGCACCCUUUGGUGCCCGAGUUACAAGUCACCGACGACUCGGCCUCCGCUGUGUCGUUUCAAGUCACGCUAUUUCCAAACCAAGGGUUUUGCAUCGGCGUAACUGCACACCAUGCCGUUCUGGAUGGGAAAACGGCAACCAUGUUUCUUAAAUUCUGGGCAGACACAUGCAAACACCAACAAGACCAAACGGCAAACGCUUCCCCACCACAGGAUCUACUUCCUAUUUAUGAUCGUACGGUCAUUAAAAAUCCGAACAAUAUCGAAGAAAAUAUUUUGAACGAGUGGUACUCUCUACUCAAAAUGUUCUCCGGUGGUAAAGAACCAGACAACCCCAAGAGCUUGAAACUUAUUCCGUCGCCGGAGAUUAGUCCCGACGUCGUCCGUUUCACUCUCGACCUCACUCGUGAAGACAUCCAAACGCUUCGAGAACGACUCAAGAGAGAAUCAUCUGCCUCCCCGUCACCAAAAGAGCUUCGACUGUCGACGUUUGUGGUUACGUAUUCGUAUGCGUUAACAUGUUUAAUCAGAGCUCGAGGAGGUGACCCGAGUAGACCAAUCGGGUACGGCUUCGCGGUGGAUUGUCGAGGCCUUCUUGAUCCGCCGGUCCCGUCGAGUUAUUUCGGGAACUGCGUUUCGGCUACGUUUAAAAUGCCGUUAACGGCAGAGACGUUUAUGGGUGAAGAAGGGUUCUUGGCUGCUGCUAGCAGUGUUAGCGAUUUGGUUGAGGAGUUGGAUGAGACUGUUGCGUUGAAGCUUCCGGAUAUUUUGGCCUCGUUUCCCAUUCUUCCACCAGGGUCGCAGCUUGUGUCUGUUGCCGGGUCGACCCGGUUUGGAGUGUACGGGUUAGAUUUCGGGUGGGGUAGACCCGAGAGAGUUUUAGUUGUGUCGAUAGAUCAAGGUGAAGCGAUAUCGAUGGCGGAGGGUAGAGAUGGGAAUGGUGGAGUGGAGAUUGGCUUCUCGCUCAAGAAACACGAAAUGGAGGCUUUGAUUGAUUUGCUUAAAAUAGACCACUUUUCGUUUUGAAAAAUCAGUUCAGUAAUAACACAUGUUGAAACUGUGUUCGUGUUCGAGUGCUAAUGAUAACACAUGUUGAAUAAGUACUAUUUUUUCCUGAA